ACGAUAUUCGAAUUACAGAAAAGAGGAAAGCGAGGUCGAGAAAGCGAGGGAAAGUGCGAGAAAAUUUUGAGUAGUGAGAAAAUGGUGUGGAUGAAUUAUUACCUUCACAGAGUAAAGCAAACUCGUAUGUGGGUCGCAGUGUGUCUCUGCUGGCUCUGUCUCAUGUUUGCCACACCCAAGAUCCCGCACUCUCCCAAACACCACCUCUUCGCUGAUAUGCGCAAUUUUCUUGGAGUGCCGAAUACGUUGAAUGUGAUCACGAACUACCCUUUCUUGGUUCUUGGUGUUCUGGGUUUUGUCCUCUGCCUCAGCGGGAACUUCUUUGUUAUUAGUUCGCGUGCAGAAGUUUGGGGUUGGGCACUCUACUAUGCUGGAACGACGAGUGUGGCUUUUGGGUCUUCUUAUUAUCAUCUGAAGCCUGAUGAUAACAGAGUUAUUUGGGAUAAAUUGCCGAUUAUGAUAGCAUAUUCUUCACUUUUUGCUAGUUUUAUUAUGGAGAGGGUGGGGGAGAUGAUUGGAUUGACUUGUUUGUUUACGCUCAAUUUAGUUGCUCUGGUUGGUGUGGCUUGUGAAAGAGCUUUUAAUGAUCUUAGAUUGUGCAUGAUGUUCCAACUGAUUCCGGGCAUUGCUAUUCCAGCUAUGACAUUUAUGUUCACACCAAAAUAUACUCAUUCGAGAUAUUGGCUUUGUGCUACUGGUGUUUACCUUCUAGCAAAAUUCGAAUCUGUUGCUGACAAUAAAGUUUACCAUGCAACUUGGUACCUUAUCAGUGGGCACUCCUUGGAGCACUUAUGUUCAGUCAUAUUUCCUGUCCUCCUCACUCUUAUGCUUAUAUUCAGAAGCAUCAAAACUCCAAGAUUGGGUGAUGUGAAAGACCGUCUAUGAAGAGGAAGAGAUUGGUGAAGGCACUGAUGACAAAUUAUUUGAUCUUUAGGAGUGUAGGUAAACAGAAUACACAAAAUCAGUGAACUCCCUUGCAGUGCAGCAGCUGUAGAUGUCUGAGAAUUUAGUAGCAGUCAGAUGAGUUUGAGGUAACCGAAGAUCAAUUUUACUGAUUGUCGCCAAAUACAUUUUGUUAGAUGAACAACAAGAUGAAUCUUAUUUUUUUAUUCUUUUUUUUCCUUUUUGGGUAAUCUGCCUAGAACUUGGAAGAAUUUUCCUUAAAUCAGGAAAUGAAAAUUUGUGAUUACUGAUUAUUGUGAUUCUACUGAUGUUGCUACAAUCUUGAAUUA